AUGGAGACCUUUGUCUACAUAUGGCUACUACUCAUCUUCUUCACAAACUUGGUUUCAUCUCUAACUCAUGACUUCUCCUUCGUUGGGUUCAAGAAAGCCUCUCUAAAUCUAAUCAUGUCCGGAGGUGCAGAGAUCGCCGACACAGGAGCCAUCAGGCUCACUACAGACACAAGUCGCGUGUUCGGUCACGCCUUCUACUCCUUACCAAUCCGGUGCAAACAAACCGGUCAAAACCGUUGUCUGUCUUUCUCCACCUCUUUUGUAAUCGCCAUGGUUCCAGAGUACGUGACGCUUGGAGGCCACGGACUUGCCUUCGCCAUCACGCCAACGCCAGAUCUCGCAGGUUCUCUUCCUAGCCAGUACAUGGGCCUUUUGAACUCGAGCCGAGUAAACUUCUCGAGCCACUUCUUCGCUGUGGAGUUCGAUACUGUCAAAGAUUUGGAGUUUGAGGACAUCAAUGAUAACCAUGUUGGUAUCAAUAUAAACAGCAUGGAAUCGAGUGCUUCGACUCCUGCUGGCUAUUUUCUCGCAAACUCAACAAGAAAGGAGCUUUUCCUCGACAGUGGUAGAGUGAUUCAAGCUUGGGUUGAUUAUGAUUCAUACAAGAAAAGGUUAGAUGUUAAGCUUUCUCCAUUCUCCGAGAAACCAAAGUUGUCUCUUCUCUCUUACGACGUAGACCUGUCCUCUGUUUUUGGAGAUGAGAUGUAUGUUGGAUUCUCUGCUUCGACCGGUUUGCUAGCUAGUUCUCAUUACAUCUUAGGUUGGAACUUUAACAUGAGUGGAGAAGCUUUGUCUCUGUCUUUGCCAUCUCUCCCUCGGAUCCCACGUUCAAUCAAGAAGAAGAAUAAGAGCCUUGGUUUGAUCCUCGGAGUAUCUCUAUCGUGUUCCCUUUUGAUCAUCGCAGUUAUUGUCGUUGCAGUGAUGUUUGGUUUAAAAAAGGCGAAAGAUGAAGACAGAGUUGAAGAAUGGGAGCUAGAUUUUGGUCCACAUAGAUUCUCUUAUCAAGAACUGAAGAAAGCUACGAAUGGUUUCGGAGACAAGGAGCUUCUAGGGUCUGGAGGAUUUGGGAAAGUAUACAAAGGAAAGCUUCCGGAUUCAGACGAGUUUGUAGCCGUCAAGAGAAUCUCUCACGAGUCAAGACAAGGUGUACGAGAAUUCAUGUCUGAGGUCUCGAGCAUUGGUCAUCUCCGGCAUAGGAAUCUUGUUCAGUUGCUCGGUUGGUGUCGAAGACGAGAGGAUUUGCUUCUGGUCUAUGAUUUCAUGCCUAAUGGAAGCUUAGACAUGUACUUGUUCGACGAAAAACCUAAAGUUAUCUUGACUUGGAAGCAAAGAUUCAACAUCAUUAAAGGGGUUGCUUCAGGGUUACUCUACCUACACGAAGGAUGGGAACAAACCGUUAUUCACCGUGAUAUUAAAGCAGCAAACGUUUUGUUAGACGGUGAAAUGAACGGGCGGGUAGGAGAUUUCGGUCUUGCUAAGUUAUAUGAGCACGGAUCAAACCCUGGAGCUACAAGAGUAGUUGGUACAUUUGGUUACUUAGCACCAGAACUUACUAAAUCCGGAAAGUUGACAACAAGCACAGAUGUUUACGCGUUUGGGGCGCUUUUGUUGGAAGUAGCUUGCGGAAGAAGACCGAUCGAGACAAAUGCAUUACCUGAAGAGCUUGUAAUGGUUGAUUGGGUUUGGUCAAGGUGGCAAAGCGGAGACAUUAGAGAUGUUGUGGACAGGAGACUGAACGGUGAGUUUGAUGAAGAGGAAGUUGUUAUGGUUAUCAAAUUAGGGCUUCUCUGUUCGAACAAUUCGCCGGAGGUUCGACCUUCAAUGAGACAAGUGGUUAUGUAUCUUGAAAAGCAGUUUCCGUCGCCGGAAGUUGUUCCUGCGCCGGAUUUCUUAGACGUAAAUGAUAGUAUGUGUCUUGAUGAUGGAAGUGGUAAUGCUGGCGAGUUUGAGGAUUUUGUGGAUUCAGCUACGUUUUAUAGUGGACCAAACGAGAGUACUACUACAUCGUCGAUAUUCUCAUUCGCCGGUAAAACUAAAACUGAUGGGAGAUGA